AAUCACGAACUACGCUCUCAAUCGAGUAGUAAAGUGCAUCAGUAUGCUCAACUGAUACAAAUAUAGCCCGUUCAUGAACUGAAUGCAUUACUUCUAGGCUCACCCAAAAUUCUCCGUAGUCCUUUCAGAGCCCGGGAAUGUGCCUGCCAGUGUAGGAGGAGAAACGUUAAGGAUCAAGUAGUUUCUAUGACGUCUCUUCUUGUGCUGCCUCCAGAGGUGACCAAUGUCGUGAUUGGAUGUUUGCACGAUGACAAGACAUCUCUAGCAUCGUGCUCUCUCGUAUGCAAAGCCUUAACACCGACUUCCCAAUCCUACCUCUUCCGCUCCAUCCGCUUUUGUCACAAUUCCAUUCCAUCUGCAACAGCAAGCUCGAAGUUUUUUGAAUCGAUUCGCAUUUUUACAUGCACAGGAUGUCGCUACAAAGAGGCAUGAGAUCCGAGAGUUAACUAUCAUGGGGGCAGGGGGACUGGGACCUCGUGGCCCCGAUGUCGAUGAUGACCGGAUCAUUCCCAUCUCUUUAAUCCACUCUAUAUUACAGGAGUUGCUCAAUCUACGCACGUUCAGGCUCCUCCGAUUUAACCUACCUCCUUUAUCCCUCAUUCCUUUCUGCGAUAGACCGAUCCGUCGACACCUCUCUGAACUCGACUUUCGUAGCCAUGCGGUGUCGCUGUCUACUCUCUCUGCUUUCUUAUGCUACUUCGACAAAGUGAAUCAUCUAAAGGUCCACUUGGAAGGCUGCACGGACGAUAUUGGCACCACUGCGUCAGGAUCCGUAUCCGGCGAUGACCCUCCUCAGAUCUCACGACUUUCCAUUUCUGGAUGGAAAACGUACCGAUUGCUCAGGCUUCUUCUUACCCCAAAUUUGACCCUCACUUCGUUGGAGUUGCGUAUAGUCGAUACAGGGCCUGCGACGGAAGAUACUAGCGCGUUCAUCCAUUCAGUUGGAAAGAACUUGGAGUAUCUGCACAUAACCUUCCAUGCAUACUACACUGACGUGCCGGUAAUGAAUAGGUACAACAUAUCAUCGUGCAUCAAGCUUGUUGAACUCUCCUUGACCAUCGUUGUCGAUACCAACUACCUCAAAAACCCUCAGAAUUCGACUUGGGAUCGUACGAUAUCUCUUCUAUCCGCCAUUCCAUCUCCUCUCAACCUUCGUCGACUGACAUUCACAUUGUCCUUCAUUGGACCGAUCGAGUUUGAACCUACUUCACUUCAGCCCUACGAUUGGGGUCUUCUGGACCAAACCAUUGCGAGAUUCCGAAAUCUAGAACGUGUCACAUUUUUGGGUGCAGAAGAUGGAUUUGAAAGCUCCCUUGUAAAUCUUGGGGAUCUAGGGGAUCUCAUCAUCAAGCGGCUGCCGAUUCUCUCUGCGGGAGGACGAUUGAUGGUUCUGUAAAAAUGACCGUACAUGUGCAGUUCUACUGGCUUGUGUACGUGUUGGCGAAGGAGUUCAAGUUUUCGUCCUGCAUCAAACUCCUCGACCUCUCUUUGAACAUCAUCUUCGAGUGCGUUCCAGAGCCUAGCAAAAGCGUUUCAGGCUGGGAUUGUGCUGUACCUCUCAUGGCCGAAGUGCCAUUAUAUCCCCUCCAUUUCAAUUAUUCUCUACGGACCACCCAUUUUGUAUCGAUGGUCUUAAAUAUUAUGAUUGGAAUGCUAUGGAUCAAGCCCUCGUGAUAUCCUGAGGGUUAGAACUUGUCAUUUC